AUGAAUCCAACCACAGUUUCAAUGGAUGAGGCUAAGCCAUUUUGCAACUCCACACUCUCCACUGCUUCUCACCUUACUCGCUCUGAGCUUUUGAAACGCCGUGUCCACAAUCUCAAGCGCCUUUCCAAGUGUUACAGGGACCUCUACUGGCACCUCAUGGAAUACAUCAAGACCCUCUGCAGACACUACCUUUAUCACUAUGCUCUCCACCCUUUUAGCCAUUUUCAUCUUCCCACCUGUGCUUUCCUCGAUUGCAAGCUCAAGCCCAUGCCUUUGACUUCCUUUUGCCACUUCCACAUUCUAUCCGAUUCCAAUCAGAAGCUUUAUAAGCCCUGCAAUUAUGUUAUCAAAGGGUCUCUAUUCUCCUUUAAAGCUGGAUCUAUAACCUGCGGGAAACCCAUUUUAAAAUCCACUGUUCCAGCUCUUUGCACCGUCCACUCCCAGAAGGCUCAAAAGCACCUCACCAGAACUUUGAAGAGGAAUACUCUGAACAUUUCCUCAACGACUAGAAUGGCUCCUAAAUUCCAUGUAUUGGUAUCAGAAUAUGUGAAACACAUUCAAGCGAGAAGAAGGAAGGAACUAUGGAAAAACAAAAGUAAAAUUAUGGUUCAGAAAGAAAAUGAGGCUGGCCGAGUCAUAUGA